UGCGCGCGUGCAGGCGGAAAUCCACCAUCAUCAUCAUCAUCAUCAUCAUCCUCGUUCUCCGGCACUUUUACUUUAUUUUCGCGUUCAUCCUCCUCCAGGACAGCGACAGACGCGGGAGGACCCGAAAUCCGUCUUAAAUCGCGUCGUCUAGGAGGUUUAGAGAUGAGGAGAAGCGGCAGGCAGCGCGGAGAGGGAGGGAUGAGCCGAUGCAACUCAUAAUUUAAUGGGGACAGAGAGAGAGAGAGAGAGAGAGAGAGAGAGAGAGGCAGAAGGGAAACAGAAAGAAAAGGACCGAGCGCGAAUGUUACAAAUGUAACAAGCGGAAGAUACAAUGUAGCGCUGACGUGCGUCAGGAAUGUUCGGAUGCUUUGAUGUUUCAUUCGACGUUCGAAAGUGUAUCGCGCACUUUUAAAGCUGCUUCGGAUCCGCAGAUCGGCUCGAGAUGAGACGGCAGGUCGCUGGGGCUUCGUGCUGUUGUUUGGCCAGAUGAGAGGCGAUUCACGAGCGCUUCUGGUCCUAUAGGCGCGUAUUGUUGAAGCUCAAUGGGAUGUGUAGGGGACGCUGGCGGUUACUUUUAUUUUUAAGCGUUAUUCUGCGCACAGAACGGACGGUGGAUGUGAUCGUAAACUCUAUUGAACUCUAGACUUACCGGAGAUCGUUGCAUUUCGGCUUGAUUGCAUGCGUCUACGGUCUUUAGCUCUCAUCACAUUUUAAAGUACUUUGCGCUUCGUCUAUAUGGUUCUACAUGUAUUAUGCGCUGUGAGUCACGGCUUAGCGUUUGAUAUUCGGUUUUGGUGUGGACGAUCUGGAAGUUUUCUGUUUUAGAAUAGAAUAGCUGACAUACAACUGAUAUUCGAGUGAAGUUUGUGCUCCUCCUGCCAAAACUUGAAGUCGCUGUCCAUCCACAGCUCCUUUAUAUGCUCGUCUUAAAGUGGUGACAGUGAGCAGUGGUGCUGAGAACCAUGGAGCAUCUCAGCGAAACAUGCCAAGGGAAGGAGAACUGUGAGAUGGUCAAUAAUCUGAAUGACACCAAGGCCCCUCCAGCCAAAAUGGCCCGCCUGGAACAGAACGGAAGCCCGCUGGGCAGGUCUCGUCUAGGUAGCACUGGAGCGAAACUCUCCGGAGUGCACUUCAAACCCCCUGGACAUCAUCUGAUGGCCUGCCACAAGAGGGGUAACAUGCUGCCAGUGUUUUGUGUGGUGGAGCACUAUGAGAGCCCCAUCGAGUUUGACAGCAAAGAGGAACAUGCUGAGUUCGUUCUGGUCAGGAAGGACAUGCUCUUCAACCAGCUAAUCGAGAUGGCCCUGCUCUCCCUGGGCUACUCGCACAGUUCGGCUGCACAGGCUAAAGGUCUGAUUCAGGUGGGCAAGUGGAACCCCGUGCCUCUUUCCUACGUGACAGAUGCACCCGACGCCACAGUGGCGGACAUGUUACAGGAUGUGUACCAUGUGGUCACGCUGAAAAUCCAGCUACACAGUUGUCCUAAACUGGAAGACCUUCCUCCAGAGCAGUGGACCCACUCUACAGUAAGAAAUGCGCUCAAGGAGUUACUCAAAGACAUGAACCAGAGCACUCUGGCAAAAGAAUGUCCCUUAUCACAGAGUAUGAUUUCUUCAAUUGUUAACAGCACUUACUAUGCAAAUGUGUCUGCGGCGAAGUGUCAAGAAUUCGGACGCUGGUAUAAACAUUUCAAGAAGACAAAAGACAUGAUAGUCGUGCGCCAGCCCUCCCAGCUGGAGGGCUACCUGGGGACGUGUGUCCUCCAUGACAGUCCACGUGCCACCACGUUAGCUGAGAUGGACAGUCUGUCUGAUCUUUCUCCACCCGGAACCAACCACCUCAGCUUCAGUCAGCAGCCCAUCCCGGGCAGCACGGCCGAGCAGUCCCCGUCCCCGGUGCCCCUGUCCCACAGCAGUCAGGCCCCCAGCCGUGCCCAGCUCCCCGGCCUGCACCCCGGCCUGGUGUCCACCCCCAUCAGCCCCCAGCUGGUGAAUCAGCAGAUCGUCAUGGCUCAGAUUCUCAACCAGCAGUACGCCGUCAACCGUCUUCUGGCCCAGCAGUCCCUGAGCCAUGCCGCUAGUAACAAGAGGGCGGGAAUCUCCCAGGCUGUAUUUGCCCGUGUGGCCUUCAACAGGACGCAGGGUCUUCUGUCUGAGAUUCUUAGAAAAGAGGAAGACCCCAAGAUAGCGUCUCAGUCGCUCCUGGUCAACCUGCGAGCGAUGCAGAACUUCCUGCAGUUACCGGAAGCGGAGCGCGACCGCAUCUACCAGGACGAGAGGGAGCGCAGCUUGACUGCGGCCUCUGCUAUGGGCCCUGCUCCCCUCAUCAGCACCCCUCCCACACGCCCUGUACAGCCCAGAAGAGAGGAGUGUAACAGUGUGAGACCAGAAGACUGGAAUCCCAGAAUUCCAGUGGGCAUCUCUCCUGUGAGGCCCAGCCCUCUGACCUCGGAGUGGAACGGGAAAUCUGAGAACUGCGUGUUAAACAUCAACUCCUCCAUCUACGACGAGAUCCAGCAGGAGAUGAAGAGGGCCAAAGUGUCCCAGGCCAUGUUCGCCAAGGUCGCUGCCUCGAAGAGCCAGGGCUGGCUCUGUGAACUGCUGCGCUGGAAAGAGGACCCGUCCCCGGAGAACCGCACGCUCUGGGAGAACCUGUCCAUGAUCCGCCGGUUCCUCAGUUUGUCCCAAAUGGAACGGGACGCUAUAUAUGAGCAGGAGAGUAACGGAGGACAGCAGCACUAUACGGACAGACCUCCUCACCUGCUGCACAUGCCCACUGACCCAUUACAGACUCAUCAACAGCCUUCCUCUCAGCUCCAAGCGCCGCUGCCCCUGCCCCUGCUGCACCCCUCACAGCCUCCUCUAUCCCAGCAGCCCCUGCAGCAGAUGGGACCGCGGCUGCCCCCACGGCAGCCCUCCAUGGCUUCGCCCGCCGAGAUCGAGGACGAGACCCGCUGCAAGAGCCGCCAAGGCAACCGCAUCUCCAUGGAGGCGCUGGGCAUCCUGCAGAGCUUCAUUCAGGACGUGGGCCUGUAUCCGGACGAGGAGGCCAUCCACACGCUCUCGGCACAGCUGGACCUGCCCAAACACACCAUCAUCAAGUUCUUCCAGAACCAGCGUUUCUACAUCAACCACGCCGGCAAGCUGAAAGAGCCGCCCCUGGGCUUCCCCUCCAACAACAAUAAGGACGAGGGCCUGACGGACUUCAAGGAGGGCGAGCUGCUGACCGAGCUGGAAGAGAGCGUGCAGACCAACAGCACAAUGUUCUCCAUUAAAAUGGAAGAGCACCUGGCGCCUGAAACGCACGCCAUGGGACAGGCCCAAACGGAGCAGGAGGCGAGAGAGUAACGGACGGCUUGCUUUUGCUUCGAAUCUUAUUCUCGUUCACUCCUGUCGGUGUUCCAUGAGCGAAACUGUAAGACUUUUUACACGAGACUGAAUAAUACAGAGAUGAUUAACAUUCACAUUCACAGACUCGUGCAUCAUUUCAAUAAUCUGCACAACGAAACAAAAUGUAAAAAGAAAAAUCCUAAAGGAGUAGUUCACUCCUAAAUUAACAUUUUUGUCGAAACUGUUGUUUCUUUUUUUUAAGUGAAUGGCGACUUGGGCAGUCAAGCUCCAAAAUGCACAAAAUGAAGUUUUAUCAAAGUAAUUUUAUGGCAUGGUAAUGGUAUAUAUCACUGUUUUUUUUAUUUUUAUUUUUUUCUGUAAAUACA